GACCCUCACAUAAAUAGUGGCCGUGCGAGCGUACGGAAGGUUUUUCCAUUGUCGUGUUUCGUUCCGAGUUGGUCAGUGUUGUGCGAUAGAAAGAUUGUUUCCGGUGUUAUGUGUUUCUCGAGUGACCGGGAUAAUAUUCAAAGAAACUGAUAAUGCGUCAAUGAUCGAAGAAACUGUUCUGAAAAUCCAGCAAAUAAUGCAUUCUCCAUCGACAUCGUCGUAGGAGUUCAAAGAUUGUUUUUAUGACACGGUGUCAGUCUCACGUCGGAUCCAAUUUCUGGUGAAGUUGGUAUGUGUUUCAAGGUGCUCCGGCAGGCGAACUGAACAACGUGUAAGUUGCUACUGGAUUCCCUCUUCGGGGUAUCACAGCAAAGGCACUACGAAAAUUUCAAUCAGGUGAAGGUUUUGGGCUGAACCUAAAGCCCUAAAUUUCGAAAAGAAUAGCCAUAGUGCUGUGUUGAUUUGUGGUUCCAGCGUUUACUAUUGGUGGCCGUUUUGUAGAAGAUUGUGUGUUUGGACAAAUCCAGAAGACGUGAGCUAUUUUUGGGAACAACCGUAGAGAACACAGAAAAGAAACAUCAUUUGCCGAAUGCACACGUAUUGUGUUUCAUUUCAUUUGAUGUGAGUGCUUGGAGCAGGGAAGCUGCUGGAAACGGAUGAAAGUUGAGCGAGUCGCAUUGGGGCCCGUCCGGCAGAUAGUGAUAAAUUUGUGUGCUAUUUAUUUUCCUUCUCACUAAAACCAACAUUCAGCAAAAUAAAUAGUACAUACAAUCAAACCGACGUGGUGUGGUGCUCUGUAGAGUUGCAUUGGAGUAGUAAAAUUGCUUGCGUUUUUCGAGAGGACACCCUUGGGGAAGCUACAGUGCUACAGUGGAAGAGGUGCUAAUUGGCUCGAGUUCAAGAAGGUUGCCUUCAAAGAGGAAUCUGAAUCUUAUAGGAAAGUGCUUUUUUUGGUAUGAUUGGUGCAGCGAAGAAGGAAUCGACGUGACGGAUACUGAACACUGAUCUACCACGGGUGCGUGUAUGUAGUGGGGAACUGAUUGAACUACGGGGGCCCUUGCGGAUUACGUCCAGUGUUGAGCGUCUACUGUUGCAACCAUCGUCGUAUUAGUCGUACUUGUGUGGUUUCAAUGACAACCUAAAAUAAUUCGAAUUAGACCCACCAAUCGGCGCUAAUAGGCAUCGGCGGCGGCGGCAGCAGCAGCAUGUGGCGGAGAAAGCACCAACAAAAAUUAAUGUGAACGAGUUUUGCGCACUUACACUUUUUGAUAGCGGCCUAUUAAUCCGAGCCGCGUGCUUUUUCCGAUUAGUGGUGUAGCAGUGUUCGAUUUUUUUUUGCCUAUUUGUUUCCGCUAUGAAAUCCUAACUGUUCAUGGCAGCGUGAAAUAUGCCAGUGGGCUGCCGGGUGCUGGAGAUCCCUAGUGAGUUAUCGUGUGUGAUAUGUUUGCUCAGUUUGGCUAUGGAAAGGCCCGCACAACCUUGGUUAUCUGUUGUUUAAGGUUUUUGUUAUAAGUCAGUAGCGAUUGUGCCGUUUCUUGGUAAGAUGUUGUGAGCCGUAGUGUGAAUAAUUUAUGGUUACAAAAUAGCAACGACGACAACGAGUCGGCAAAAUUCCGUUCCUGUUUGUGUUCAUAUGGGCUGAGCAAGAUAUAGCGUGUGUCCGUGCGUAUGUGUGUAACGACAGACGGUGCUGCCGACGAAGAGUACCGUAGCAGUGCGAUGUGUUAAUGAAAUUCAAUUCCUAUUUAUCGCCAGCGGCCGGAAGCGUUCCGGUGCACUGCAGCAGGUAACAGCCUCGGCAGACAGUGCACGUGCCGGGUGGUAACUAUAGUGAGAGCUUUAUUUCGUCAGCGGAAGUGAAUGUGAAAAAAACCGAGCGUUCCGUGCAGCAACACCACGCAUCAGAUUCCUGCUCAAAUAUCGCAACGUUGGUGCUGGAGUUGUUGCAACUCUAUCACCAAAAUUCAAUCCAUCAUCUAUUUACAUAGUGUAGAAUGACCAACUUCAACUACUCCAGAAUGUUCCGGGGUAAAAUUCGUACCAACACAUGUCGGAUCGUGCUGCUCACAUCGUUGGUGUGGCUGCUGAUCGAUGUGGUUCUGAUAAUGAACUACGCCGACUGUCUCGGUGGUUCCACGUGGCUCUGCAAGCGGCCUGGCGAGUACGAUGUAGAGGUUCCACAUAGUGCACAACAGCGACAGGAGCAAUCGCAUUCGGCAGGACGGGCUGGCCCUGCAGUGGACGAUGAUCCUAUAGUGGAUGAAGAGGAGAUUGACACCAAUUCCAAUAACCUAGGUGGCGACCAGGGUUUCGAAAAUUCGAUGCCCCGGACGUAUCGGCCGCAGGAGCUCAAAAAGUGGCGUCCAGCCCCUCAUGUGGGCGAAAACUAUGGAAAACCUGGCGAGCUUGGCAAGCCCGUCAAAAUCCCUUCCAGUCAGCAGGAGCUUAUGAAGGAGAAGUUUAAGGAGAAUCAAUUCAACCUGUUAGCCAGCGAUAUGAUCUGGCUGAAUCGGUCACUGACGGACGUACGACAUCACGACUGCAAAAAGAAACACUACCCAACCAAACUGCCGACCACCUCGAUUGUGAUUGUGUUCCACAACGAAGCCUGGAGCACGCUGCUACGGACGAUAUGGAGCGUCAUCAACCGAUCGCCGCGGCCGCUGCUCAAGGAAAUCAUCCUGGUGGACGAUGCCAGCGAGCGGGACCAUCUGGGCCAACAGCUGGAGGACUACGUGCAGACCCUGCCAGUGCACACGUUCGUCUUGCGGACCGGCAAGCGAUCCGGUUUGAUUCGAGCGAGACUGCUCGGCGCCAAGAACGUGAAGGGUCAAGUGAUAACCUUCCUGGACGCACAUUGUGAAUGCACGGAAGGAUGGCUGGAACCACUGCUGGCGCGUAUCGUGCUAGACCGUAAGACUGUCGUGUGUCCCAUCAUUGAUGUGAUAUCGGAUGAAACGUUUGAAUACGUGACCGCUUCUGAUCAGACGUGGGGCGGCUUCAAUUGGAAGCUCAACUUCCGAUGGUAUCGAGUACCAGCUCGCGAAAUGCAACGGCGGAACCAUGAUCGGACAGCUCCACUCCGAACACCGACCAUGGCCGGUGGACUGUUCUCGAUUGAUCGGGACUACUUCUAUGAGAUAGGUUCGUAUGACGAAGGCAUGGACAUCUGGGGUGGAGAAAAUCUUGAAAUGUCGUUCCGGGUGUGGAUGUGCGGUGGUACGUUGGAAAUUGCACCCUGUUCGCGGGUUGGCCACGUUUUCCGCAAAUCGACGCCGUACUCCUUCCCCGGUGGUACAUCGCAGAUCGUUAACAAGAAUAACGCCCGUCUAGCCGAAGUUUGGCUCGACGGUUGGAGUGAAUUUUACUACAAUAUUAACCCAGGAGCUCGCAAGGCUUCCGCAGGCGACGUAAGCGAACGGAAGGAACUUCGCGAGCGAUUAAAGUGCAAGAGCUUCCGCUGGUACCUGGAGAACAUCUACCCGGAGAGUCAAAUGCCACUGGAUUACUAUUUCCUGGGCGAGAUUCGAAACGUGGAAUCUGGCAACUGUCUCGACACGAUGGGACGCAAGUCGAACGAGAAGAUCGGUAGCAGCUACUGCCACGGGCUCGGAGGCAAUCAGGUGUUUGCCUACACCAAACGGCACCAGGUGAUGUCCGACGAUAACUGUUUGGACGCAUCUAAUGCGCUGGGUCCGGUCAAUCUGGUCCGAUGCCACGGGAUGGGUGGCAACCAGGAGUGGGUGUACGAUGAAGAGGAUAAGACUAUCAAGCACGUCAACAGCGGGAACUGUCUGACGAGGCCCACGACGGACGACCCGUCCACGCCGCUCCUGCGACCGUGCAAGUACAGCAAGGGCCAACAGUGGCUCAUGCAGUCCAAGUUCAAGUGGCAAGCGCAACACGACAAUCGAAUCAGCGACGACAGAUAAAACCAGCCGAGUCCCGGGGGUACGACGGUUUCGUCACGGCGGCCAUCACCAGUUUCAGCAUCAGCAGCAGCAGCAAUGGAUGUCACGCCAUAACGCCAACAUCAGGUGGGGUCGUCGCGCGUGGGAUUGAGAACUAAUUGUAAUGUGAUUCCUUUUAUUGUCCGAUAUAUCAUCGCAAUUUUUGGUCGUCCGAAGACUACUAUACAAUAGGGAAAUGGACCUUUUGUGGUUCAUUUUAGUCGAUUUAUAUCUUGAUAGUGUAUAGGAUGUAAGCCAAGUUAUAGACAUUUUUACUAUUGAUUGAGUUUAGGAAUUAAUUCGAGAUUGCUAACAUUUUCUACGUCUGUCUUUCGUGUGACUGUGAAACCGGGAUGAACGAGUGCCGAUGGUACAAUUAAUGAACGUGGCUGUUAGUUUUUUGCCAGACGAGUGGAUGAACUUUUGUGAAGUAAGACAUGAAAAUAUUUGCCAGAGGGAGUGUCAUCAGUAAUAAAGGCGAAAAUCCCGACAGUGGGUCCAUAUUAGGGUGUCUAAAAAUGAUUGAAUGUUGAAAAAAUAUGGUGCAAAAACCCAGCCCACAUGUGAUGAAAAUUAUACGUAUCUGGAGGAUUAUCUGUAAAUAUGAAAUUAAAAUAAAAAAAUCAAUUUAAAACAGUU